AUGGAUCAACAAACAAAUGCUCUUGCUGCAUUAGUACUAACAACACCAAAGAAACAGAAUGAAGCUUCAAAUUCAGUGCAGCCACCAGGAACAAAACCGCAACAAGUCGGGAAGGAUUCGGAUGACGUCAUCUAUGCCAAUCAUUUUCCAUGUUCAUUUGCUCGUGAUCUCACCUUUUAUCAAUAUGAUGUCAUCGUUGAAGAGUACCAUGAAAAACAACAGAAAUACAUUAACAUUUCCAGUCGUGAAAAACGUCAUCAGUUCGUCUCUGACCUCCUUCUAGUCAAAGCUAUUCAUCCAACAGCUGUUUGUUGGUACGAUGAAGGAAGUUGUAUCUAUAGUACAACAAAUUUCAAGGAUAAACUUCCAAUUAUAUAUGAGAAAGAACAACAAGGAUAUCAGCGUCGUUUAACAAUUAAAAGUUUAUCUGCAAUAAGUAGUACAAAUGAUUUAGAUCAAUCUUCGAUUCGAAUUAUUGAAACAUUGAUCAAACAAGUGCUAAAAGAACAAUUCAAAGCAAUUGGUUCAGUCUUCUACCGAUGGGAUGAAGAACCAGCUCAAGAUGGACCCUAUGAUCUCAUUACAGGCUUCAAACAGGCUAUAUGUCUCACAGAAUCGGGUCCCAUGUUGAAUGUGGAUAUCACAAUAACUCGAUUCUACCCUCAUCUUGAUCUUUUAACAUUUAUUUGGGAAAGAUUUCUGCAAAAUAAAUCUCCUUUUCAUGGAUUGCUAUCAGAUCGACAAUAUGAUCAAAUUGGUAAUCGUUUGAAAGAUGUUGAAGUCACAACGAUUCAAUCAGAUCAUCAAAAUAAAUAUGUUCUCACAGGACAUUUUUCGAAUGAUCUUCCUGGAAAAACUUUCAUUGAAGAACAAACCCAUCUCCUAGAUUACUACAAGCAUCUAGGAUUUGAGCUUCGUUAUCCAAAGUUGUAUUGCUUGAAAGCCUAUUCAUUAGGCAAACCACAAAACUUAGUUGAUCUACCAAUAGAGCUUUGCUGUCUUCGAGAAUGGCAACAAGUGAAGGAAGAUGAAAGCAUGAAACCUAUUCCAGCACCACCAGUUAGUAAACGAUAUCAUUCAAUCUUGGCAGCUAUCAGAAACUGCAAUUUCCAUGAUGAUGAAUUGUGUAAAGAAAUUCAACUAGAAGUCGAUUGUGAGAAGAUGAUAGCAGUUACUUAUGAAACUCUAAGAAAACGUCAAAUUACUCUCAGUCGACAAGGUGGUUUUACAAAUCCAGUCUCAAUUAAAAACAUGGCAUUCAUAUAUCUGACGGACCGGCAACAACAAAAUGCAAGACAAGUACAGGAAAAAUUGUUGAACAACUUCUACGAUGCUGCUAAUCGGCAAGGAAUGAAAUUGCCUGAAUAUCCCGACGAAUGUGAAAUUUUUGCUGAUAGAAAUCUAGAAAACAGACUUCGAAAUCGUUUGUCUGAGCUCAAAAACAAGCAGUGUCAAUUCAUUCUGUGUCUUGAAAACUGUCGAAAUCUAGAAAUACAUGAAGUCUUCAAACAAAUUGCAUGCAUCGAAUUUGGUCUUGUUACUCAAUGUGCUAACUUCACAAAAGUUCAGCGAAUGUUAAAUUUAAAAGAUUAUUGUGACAGUCUUUUAAAAUCAGUGAAUACUAAACUAAGCGGUGAAAAUAAACAAGUAGCUCAGUUACAAACGCCUGUCAAAACAAUGUUUAUCGGGGCUGACGUCCAACACACGAAAAAUAAUUAUUCUAGUGAAUUACCAUCAAUUGCAGCUGUUGUUGCAAGUAUGAAUUCUGAGUGUACAUUAACAAAUCAACGUGUUUCUCGUCAAUGGCCACGUAAAGGAAAGCAAUCAGAAGAGGCAAUAUUGUUGUUGAAAGAAAUGGUCGAAGAGCUGUUAAUCGCAUUUAAAGAUAGUAAUGAAGGCGCUCUGCCAGAACAUGUUGUUUUCUAUCGCGAUGGAGUUGAUGAUGGACAGUUUGAACGUGUACAAAAUGACGAAGUGAUGGCUUUGAGGAAAGCCUUUCAAACUAUCUAUCCAACAAAUUCAUCCUCGCCUCUUCUAACAUUCAUCGUAGUCAAAAAACGUCAUCACACGCGCCUCUUUCGGGUGGUCGCGCCUACGGAUAUUGCAAAUGUUGAAUCUGGCGUUGUUGUCAAUAGUUCCAUUGUUAAUUCAAAUACAAAUUAUCUCAAUUUCUUCUUAAGUUCACAUAAACCAGGUUUAGGAACGAAUAAAAUUGGGAAUUAUGUUGUACUCGUCAACGAAAUUCAAUAUUCAUUGAGUGAAUUGGAGGAACUCACUUAUUCUCUUUGUCAUACUGAUCAACGUAUUGAUAGUCGAUUGAGUGAGUCAAUUCCGAGCGUUUUACAUUUAGCAGAUGCUGCAGCAAGCAAAGCGAGACAGCUGUUUGACAAUAGGACAAGACCAUCAAAUGCGACUCGAGCAGAGAUACUCAGAGUUCAUGAAGAUAUGCAGGACACACCAAAUAUGUUUUAA